UGUAGUUCACUGAAUAGAUGAAUUAUGCGUCUAUGCGGGUAGAUGAUGGGGAACGCAAGUAUUGACGUAAUCUGUAAAGAAACGCUGAUCUAGGAGAGAGUGAGCGCUCCCCCGCAACAACACCAUCCAAGAAUGAAGGGAUCCUCUGCAUUUAUUUCUCACCGCACAAAACGUGUUCAACUACCCGAGUCGGCAAAUACAAUGCUACGCGGAUAUUAUGCUGAAUGUGGCAUUGAAAUGUUUAACUUUAGAAUCACUGUACAAUAGCUGUCUGUGCGCAUUAGUUUUAAUUGCCUGGCCAUACUGACUUGACCUGAACUAGUUAAAAUUUCCCAAUUGGAAAGGGCGAAGUCUGCACAGCAACAAGAGCCAUGAUUGCGUUGCACACUGCCUAUGCAGCUAGUGCACUUCUGAUCCAAUUGCUGGUGCUUUCUGCCAGCAAAAUCUGCCUCAACAACAGUAAUACCUUGACAACCGGACCCGGGCAUACCGAGAAACAGUUUGACAAAUCGACGGCUGGGAUAUUUUUUUUUUCCCAAAUCAAUUCCUUGAAGUUUGUUGGACAGGUCCUCGGAUAUUCCUGCACGAAAGUUCUCACGCGGGCAAUUAAAAUGAAGUACUGGUGCACUCAGGAGUCUUCAUCAUCAGGCAAUGAUGGAGCUCUUAGAAGAGGACCUCACAUGUCCAAUAUGCUGCUGUCUUUUCGAGGACCCGCGUGUUCUACCGUGCUCUCACAGCUUCUGCAAGAAGUGUCUCGAGGGCAUCCUGGACGGUAACCGGAGCCCUGCAUGGAGACCCCCGUUCAAAUGUCCGACCUGUCGAAAGGAAACCGUGCACAACGGCAUCGCGAGCUUGCAAGUUAAUUACUCAUUGCGUGGCAUCGUGGAGAAGUACAACAGGAUUCGAGUGAUGCCGAGGAUGUCUCUCUGUCGAGCUCACAGCGGACAACCGCUCAAUAUCUUCUGCGCCACGGAUCUGAAGCUCAUCUGUGGUUUUUGCGCCACGACAGGUGAUCAUAAAGGACACAAGUUUUGCGCGCUGGAGGAGGCGUACGAACGCGAGAAGCUCGCGUUUGAGGACUUGUUUCGCGUUGUGGAGGGCUGGAGGGGCGCGGAGGUGCAUUCGUGCCUGGAAUCGUUAGAGGGAGCUAAGAAGAAAGCGCUGGAGAGGGUCUCGCGGGAUGCGGAUCGAGUCUCAGAGUACUUUGACAAACUUCUGCGCACGCUGGACCACAAACGGAGCGAGAUUCUCUCGGACUUGGAGACUCUGAAGCUCGCGGUCAUGCAGACCUUUGACCCCGAGAUCAACCAGCUGCGCUCGGCGCUCGAGGAGCAGCGGCGCGCGCUCAACAUCGCCGAAUCCUUCCGUUCGCUCUCCGACCCGCUCACUUUCCUCCAGCAGAUGCAGGACUUCAGAGAAAAGCUGCGCGUCAUUCGGGGAACGCCACUGCCAUCGCGGACUGACGUGGACGUGGGUUUGCUUGGCCUGCAGAGCUUCGAUGUUAAGGAAUGGGACCGGGUGCGUCUUGGAGAAGUGGACAAGCUGUGCGCCCCCUACGAGAGCAGCGCGUACCUGUCUUCGCUGCCCCCUGCUGCCGCUCCGCGCUUCUCCCGUGUGAUGUGGAGAGUUGUUCUGGUUAUAUGUGCGUGUCUCCCCGCGCUGAACUUUCUCCCAUCGGACUGCCUCGCUUUGAGCUUCCAGGAUAAGGUGGUCGCACUCAGUGGCUUUUCUCUGCCCGGUCCUGGAGAGAUCGUGCGCUGGCUCGGGUUCUGCUGGACAGAAGCGGCUGAGAUCUGCACACUAAUAACUGAGAUGUGUCGGAACUGUAUCUUGGACCUGAUAAACACGACAUCUGAUUUCAUCAGCUGAUUUUAUAACUCCAUUCCUUAGGUACUUUUUUAUGUACUACUACAUUGUGCCAAUCCCGUAGAUUUGAAGCAUUGGAUAAAUUUAGUUCGUGUCUGUUUUUGAAUUUGUAACAAAACAUAACUAGCAUUUUUGUGUGCUAUAAAAUUGCACUGAUUUUG